AUGAAAGUCGUCUCAACCGCCCUUUUGAUCGGUGUUUUAGCCUCGUUCCUCUGUGUGCUCCAUGUCCAUGCUGCCAUUGAGAUCACAAAGAACAACGACAAGGUCGCUUCUUUGAAGGAACAAAUCAAGAAGGAAGCCUUGAAAGAUCCAAAACUCGCCAGCAAGCUCAUUGAACUUUCCUUAAAGAAGGUUCCUCUCCCUAAAAAGCCAGAAAUUAUUAUGAACAAGAUGCCAGUAUCGGGUGCUCUCUGCUCAUCAUGUGUGGAUUUGUUGGAUUUUGCUCUUGCUGAUUUGUUGGCUGCCUUGGAUUCAGGUGUGGUUUUCUCUUGCUUGAGGCUUUGUAAUUCUGUUGCCAAUUUAGGUCCCUAUGCGGUUGAGCUCUGUGAUGUGGUUUGUACUGCAAUUGGAGUGAAUGCCUUCAUUGAUAUUAUUAAGAAGGGAGAUUUGGAUCCAAUUUAUGCAUGUCAAUUAGGAAAGUUGUGUCCUGUACAUGAUUGCACUGCCAAGACUUGUGCUGCUUUCACUGCCACUGGUGUGAUUCCUCAAGUGAGUAAGCUUGGCUCUACCGUGACGGCUUAUUCGAGAUUGAAUGUUUUCAACGAAUCAGGCCCAGGUCAAGUGACCAUGAUGUUGACUGGACCUUUCUCCAUCGAUGAUAUGACUCAACGAUUUUACCAAUCGAAUGGUUUCCAACCAGGUGCCUAUGAAAUUAAGUUCACCAUUUCAACCAAGGAUGACGAUGCAGAAGGAUUGCUCUGGUUUCCAGGCCAAUACAAGGUGGUCAUUAAUGCCUGCGAGGGAGAAUGUGGUGCUUCCAGACCUCAUACUCGCUUGUUGGCUUCUGUUGGUACUACCUUUAAUCUCACCAAUCCAAUUCCUUAA